UUUAACGCGUUUCGCGAAAACGAAACAAAAGCUGCCGUGUAUCUGUCACCAGUGAUUUCUUCGCAUGCUAAAUCACACAAACCCUUCCAGGUCUGUCACAAUACAAAAUUCCUACGCAUAAUGACAAAUUAAUCGAUCCGGCCUUAAUUAAGCGCCGGUUAUAUGCUGCCAGGAUGGACCGUUAAUAUAUUGCAAGCUUUCGCAACAUGAAAAAAUACUGGAUCCAUUAUUUGAGCGCCAAGAAAAGUCAUCGCGCUAAUCGGAAAAGUUUAUCUUUUGGAAACUCCAGAAAAUACAUUUUUACAAGAAUCACCUAACAUCGACGACGACAACGAUCGACGAUGGCGAGCCGGAAACCGCGAAUUCAACCCGCUCUCACAAAGACGCAGGCACUACGACAGGCGAGGAGUGCCACUAUAGUGAAAGAGUACGAGCAGAGGGAAACGGGACGACCAUCACAGCCGCAGAUCUUGGCAGAGCCUGCAGGCAGAAGGCGGCGAUAUGCUCCAGCCGAGCCGAGGAGAGUCGAAUUUACCAGACCGACUAUGACGAAGGCGAUGAUGGCCCGGGUGAAGCAUGCGGAGAAGAUCAGGCAAGAAUAUGAACGUAAACAGGAGGAGCCGGUGCGAAGGGUGCCAAGAAGAGCACCUGCGCCAAUCGGUGGUGAUCCCAGAUUUGGUAGAGAAAGGGUACCACCUAGAAGACGCGUCCCGACGCCGUCUCCACCGGUUUCGCCUCCUAGAGCAGCGAGAAGGCCAGAAAGACGAGUGAUGCCGGAGAGAAGAGCACCAGAACCGCUGCCGGCUAUUCCAGAGAGGACCAGGGAAUUGGCGAGAUCCAUGAACGCCCAGGUGAUUCAAGCCGAGCCGGUUGGCGAGGGCCCGAUCGACAGCAUCGUGAUACCGCCGAGAUCGCUAAACGAGAAUCGCACUACCAUCGUCAGCAUCCCUCAACCACCUGCAGCCACUGUCGAGGCGGCAGCAUCCGAAAUGGCGAAUCGCUCGAUUCGAGCAAUCAGUGAAACCCUCAAUGAACAAGAAGCUGUAGAAGCGGCCACGGUGCAGGGCAAGUUGGAAGACUUACAGCAAGCAAGACGGGAUUUUGUGAUGGCUGUGGCGAAUGUCGGCGGUAACGCCGUAAAGCUCGCGGAAGAGGAGAGACCUAGAUACGUUUACAAAGUUCCUGACAUCGAGAGCGAGAUGUUCCGCGUCGAAUACGGCCGAGAACAUCCAAGUGUUGUUGCGGCUCGCGAAUUCGCCCAAAGGAGUAUGGCCGGGAUCAGGGCGCGUGAGGCAGCUCGCCGAACCGAACGGGAAUUCGAGAGGAUAGCGCAGGAACCGCUGCCGGAGGAUCUGCGCUUCGAUGUGCCGUUCGAAGAAGAGUUUUUACGCGAGGCCGACAUAUCCUGGGAGGAGGAGGAGGACAUGCCGCGUGUGUCCAGGAUAAAGGCCACCAUGCGCGAAUUACCGAGGCGCGAGGUACCCUACGAAUAUUCUCCUUUCGACCCGGAGGAGCUCGAGAGGUUCUUCGACGUGGAACAAUAUCCACAAAGUCCGCUACGUGGACCACCACCCGGUCGCGAGCACCUGCCGCCAGAACUCUGGGAGCUGGAAGAUCCUUGGGCGACAUGCGGCGUCUGUCCGCGGCAAGAAGCGUCCGAUCUCAUCCGCUUCGAGAGCCCUUAAUCUCUCGUACAUAAUCAUGUACAUAAUCUGACAGACUUGUGUCCGUUUCCAAGUUUCGGGGAUAUUUUGGAGAAAAAAAGCGUAAUGAGAGGAUCCAAUGAAGAAAAUAGGCCGAUAAAUUGAGCGUUAAAAAACGCUCGCAGAAAUACGAAUCAUCAUUUAUCAUCAACAUCCGUCAUGCAUCACUUAAUUUAUCACAGAGAAAUUGUCCAAAGUAUAAUAAACUGUCCAAGUAUAAUACACUUUGUAUUUAAAUUUAUAAAUAUUAUAUUACACAUUUUUAAAUAAAUGUACAUUAUAGGUUUAAAAAAA